AUGAAGUCAUUCAUUCUCACCUGCUGCGCCUUGGCGCUCGCCGAAGCUGUAUCUGCCAGCCCUGUCGCCUCCCCGGCUCUCCCGUCGAAGCCGCAAUCGAAGCAUUUGCGUUACGAGCGUACCGUCAGCGGUUCUUUCGCAGACGGGCAGCCAGACAAUGGCAAAGGAAAAGGCGGACCUCUGCUCGGCGGCACAAACAAAUACCUCGACAAGACUAACCCCGCCAACUUGGGUCAGGAGCCGACUGACAGUGGAUCCGUCGUAAAUCUGAAAUGGAGCUUCUCUGACUCCAAGACUCGUCUUUUGAACGGUGGAUGGACUCGCCAGCAGGUUGUCACCGACUUGCCCGCUAGCCAUGACAUUGCCGCUGCGCAGCAGCACUUGAAGAAGGGCGCGAUCCGUGAGAUGCACUGGCACCGCGUUUCCGAGUGGGGAUACGUCUAUGCUGGUCGCAUCCUCUUUACCGGUGUUGACGAGCACGGUCGCAACCAGGCCAGUGUCUUGCACCCCGGCGACAUCUGGUACAUCCCCAAGGGAGGAGCGCACUCUGUGCAAGGUCUUGAUGAUGAGAACGAGUUCCUGCUCGCUUUCGACGAUGGUAACUUCGACUCCGCCGGAACCACCUUCAUGGUUGAUGACUGGAUUGCCCACACCCCGAAGGACAUCAUCCUCCGCAACUUCGGCUUGCCCGCCAACUCCACUGCAUUCGACAAGGUCCCAUCCCCGAACCCGUACAUCACCAACGCCACCGUUGGAGACAUCACCAUCGACUCUCCAUUCGGCUCCCUCGAGGACUCCACUGAUUCGUGGGUCUACUACGGCAGCAAGGUUGCCCCGACCCACGAGAUCCCCGGCGGUGGAAAUGUGCGCAUCAUCGACUCCCACAACUUCCCGAUCGCCAAGACCAUCGCCACAUCGAUUGUCACCUUGAAGCCCGGUGCGCUUCGUGAGCUCCACUGGCACCCCAACGCCGAGGAAUGGUUGUUCUUCUCCCAGGGAACCGCUCGCGUCAGCGUCUUCAUGGGAGGUGCGGCUGCCAGGACCUUCGACUUCACUGCCGGUGACACUGCCGUCAUGCCUGACAACAGCGGCCACUACGUCGAGAACACCGGUGAUGAGGAUUUGGUCUGGAUCGAGCUGUACAAGAGCGACCGUGUUGCGGAUAUCAGUUUGACCCAGUGGCUGGCUUUGACUCCGGUCGAGCUUGUGUCCCAGAUCUUGAAGGUCGAUGCGAGCGUGGUUGCCAACCUGAAGAAGGAGAAGCAGCUCAUCCUUCCUGCGGUUUCCAACUAAGGAGGCGGAUUAGUACUAUCAGUGCAAAACAACGUCCUGUGAGGGACGACAACAUUGGCCUUGACGACUUGAAGUCGCCAGGCUGCAAUCAUUCUAUUCAUUUUUC